GAAGACGAAUGGAAUAGGAAAGGAGAAGAGUUGGUCAAAAGUCUUGGAUUGUCUAAUCCUCAAAAUGGGAAAAACGAUGUGAAAGAUUUGAGAAGAUUACUCGAUAGGAAACUCUUGCUGAUUGUUCGGCAACGACUAGGUCAAGCUAAUUAUGAAAGUCCAUGGAUAUUACCUCAAACAAAGCAUUUAUCUGGAGAGAGCUUGCGCGAGACUGCGGAACGGUGUCUCAAAGAGAUCGCUGGCGAAGUGACUGCAUCCAUUCGCGGCAACGCUCCAUUUGCUGUUUUCACGCAGAAGUGCGUUAGAUAUCCUAAACCACUGAAAUCUCGGCUUAAAAAGGAUGGCGCAAAGAUCUUUUUCUAUCAUGCGGUUUUGGGUCCUCCUAGUCGUUUUCGCCCUGCCAAGGAAGAGGUUGUUGAUUACAAGUGGGUGGUCCGAGAAGAGUUUUGGUCGACCGUAGCAACGAGCAAGUACAAAGCUUGUGUUAACGGUGUAUUUUUGGAAUGA